AUGGUUAAAUUAUAAUGUUAUACGUUUUAUUUUGAAACAUACGUUUUAUUUUGAAACAGGAAAUUUCCUUUAACAUGUCAGGUGACUUAUGAUCAGGAAGUGAAGGAAGAGCAUGGCUCAGAGCCGCUGUUUUCAGUAGUUUUCCAAUCCAGUUGUGUCUGUCUGCAUCUUAUGCCUUUUGACAGCAUCGUUGUUUUACUCUUUCUUACGUCAAUAAACCUGUGGACAACGGACAACUGUCUUCAGAGUCGUGAUGUCAAGAAGGAGUUUGUCUAACUGCUGAGGUGUAUCACAUUACAUAAAAUGACCCAAGUUUCAACUUUGUCUCUCACUCAGACAUGUCUCCCAGGGCAGAAAAAACAGCUUGGAAGCCAAACAGACAGCGAGAAGUCUCUGUUCACAAAACUGAGAUAUUUCCAAAAGCCAUCUCUGAUCCUAGGGAGCCCUCAACGAAAUUCGACGACUGUAACAAACUGUGUCCGAUCCAUAAAAAACCUCAUCCUCUACGCAAAUGCCGUGCAUUCAGAGAAAAGUCCAUCGAAGACUGGAAGACAUUCUUAAAAGAGAAUAACGUCUGUUUCAAGUGCUGUGCUUCAUCAUCACACAUUGCAAAGAACUGAACAUUUAAUGUUCGAUGUUAUGAAUGUAACAGUGAAAAACACCACACAGCGCUUCAUCCUGGAACUGCACCCUGGGUUGAAGGCACAUACUCGGCUCCAGAGCAUGGUGGGGAGCAGGAUAGCUCUCCACAACCCCAUGUCACCACCAAAUGUACAGAUGUCUGUGGCGGAGACGUGACGAACCAAUCCUGCUCUAAAGUAUCCCUCGUGAAAGUGUAUCCAGCCGGCCACGCUGACAAAGCAGUGAAGAUGUAUGUGAUUCUGGACGAACAGAGCAACAGAUCACUAGUUCGUUCACAGUUCUUCAAAGUCUUCAAUGACCAAAGUCCAAGUGCUCCUUACUCAUUGAAAACAUAUGCUGGAGUAAAGAAAGCGACAGGAAGGAGGGCCAGUGGCUACGUCGUGGAAUCUUUGGAUAAGACCGUCAGCAUCCCACUACCCAGCCUCAUAGAAUGUGAUGACAUUCCAAAUAACAGAGAUGAGAUUCCAACUCCCAAUGCAGCUUUUUAUCAAGCACACCUAAAGUCAGUUGCACACCUCAUCCCAGAUAUCGACCCACAGGCCCCAAUUAUGCUUCUCUUAGGUCGGGAUAUUAUCAGGGUCCAUAAGGUCCGCAAACAGGUCAAUGGCCCACACAACCUACCUUAUGCUCAGAAGUUGGAUCUGGGAUGGGUUAUCGUGGGAAAUGUAUGUUUAGGCCACGUUCACAAACCACCGACAGCGAGUGCCUUCUACACAAACACCACUGAACGGGGAGGCCCUACUCUCUUCGAACCGUGACCUAACGUGUUCCAUGUAAAGGAAAAGUCAGUGACAUCCAGGCCACAAAUCACCUCCAAUCACAUCCUGAGGAGAUAUCAAACUGUGAUGUUGACAGCCUAGGACAUAACAUAUUCAAGCAGACCAAAGAGGACAACAACAUGGCUCCGUCUAUCCAGGAAAUCUCCUUCAUGAAAAUAAUGAAAGAAGGACUAACAAAAGAUGUAAACAACAGUUGGGUAGCUCCAUUACCCUUUAAAUGUCCACGUCAACGGCUCCCCAAUAACAGGCCACAGGCAUUGAACCGUCGCUCAGGCGCAACUUUGAAAGGAAGCCUGAAAUGAGAGACCACUUUCUCAUUUUCAUGGACAAGAUGUUCAAGAAUGGUCACGCUGAGUUAGCCCCUCCUCCCAGUGAGGAUGAAGAACAGUGGUUCUUGCCAAUAUUUGGUGUGUACCAUCCAAGAAAACCAAAACAAAUACGAGUGGUCUUCGAUUCCAGUGCCCAGUACAACGGUGUGACGCUCAACAACGUAUUGUUGACUGGGCCUGAUCUGAACAACACGCUGCUCGGUGUACUGAUGCGCUUUAGAAAGGAAGCAAUUGCCUUUACAACGGACAUAGAACAGAUCUUCUAUUGUUUUUCAGUAAGGGAAGACGAUAGGGAACUUCCUACGUUUUCUAUGGUUCCAAGAUAACGACCCCUUCAAAGACAUUACAGAGUAUCGAAUGACGGUCCACGUCUUUGGAAAUAGUCCUUCACCCGCAGUAGCGAUUCAUGGACUGCACCAGUCUGUUCAGGUCAGGGAGCUCAACAUCGACCUUGACGUCCAACGCUUUGUGAUGCGUGACUUCUAUGUAGACGAUGGGUUGAAGUCCCUGCCCACAGUCGUAGCUGCGGUCAACCUGUUGAAAAAAACACAGGAUGUUCUCGCCAAAUCAAACCUAAGACUACACAAGAUCGCAGCAAACAAAAAGGAGGUCAUGGAGGCCUUUCCGGCCAAAGAUCGUGCAAAAGACCUUAAAGACCUGGAUCUCAGUGCAGAUACGCUGCCAAUGCAGCGUAGUCUUGGAAUCAAUUUGGACCUCCAGACCGACUGCUUCCACUUCAGCGUCUCUGAUGAGAUAAAACCCUACACUCUACGGGGUGUCUUGUCCACAAUCAACAGCCUCUAUGAUCCUCUAGGGUUUGUAGCGCCAGUCACAAUACAAGGCAAGGCAAUUCUGAGAGAACUCACAACUGAGAAAGGUGACUGGGACUCGUCUUUGCCCCAAGAAAUGGAGGAAGCAUGGACAUCUUGGAGAGCAUCUUUGAAAGAACUGUCCCAGCUUCUAUUCCCAGAGCCUACACUACAACUUCACCCACAGCAGCUGUCAGAAGGGAAUUGUGCGUCUUUUCUGACGCAUCCACGAAAGCCAUCUCCGCUGUGGCAUAUCUAAAAGUAACUGACUCUGCUGGAAAUAACCAUGUGGGAUUUGUAAUGGGCAAAGCCAAGCUGACCCCCCGUCCUGAGCAAACAAUUCCGAGACUGGAACUUUGCGCAGCAGUGCUUGGAGUGGAGUUAGCAGACCUAAUCCCGGCAGAACUAGACCUUCAGCUCGAUGCUACAACUUUCCACUCGGACAGCAAGGUAGUCCUUGGCUACAUUUCUAAUGAAACCAGGCGCUUUUUUGUAUAUGUGAGUAACCGGGUAUUACGUAUCCGAAGGUCCUCUCACCCAGAUCAAUGACGCUACGUGUCAACAGAACAGAACCCUGCGGACCACGCUACACGUUCUGUCGCUGCAGGCCGUUUGAACGACACAAACUGUCGUGGAGUGGACCUAAAUCUCUGUACACACCGGAGACAAAUGCCUCAGAGAGCACCUACGAGCUGGUGGACCCAGGUUCAGACCCAGACAUUCGCCCUCUGGUGUCCACUUUGAGUACUACAACAACAUCCAAGCAGCUUGGUUCUCAACGAUUCUCAAAGUUCUCAUCCUGGAAGUCUCUAACUCGGGCCAUUAUUCACCUCAUACACAUAGCCCGUCUUUUCAACAAGACCUUGAAGAACAGCCCUUGUAAGGGCUGGCAUCACUGCAAAACAGGCUACACUGUUGAGGAGUCUGAUCAAGUGUCACACAUCAUCAUUCAAGCAGUACAGGAGGAAGUCUACAGUCAAGAGAUCAAAUGUAUUCAAAAACAUGAGCAGAUCCCUAAAAGUAGUCCUCUCAAAAACAUGGAUCCUUUAAUUGAUGCACACUGCCUUCUCAGAGUCGGAGGCCGCCUCCACAAUGCAAACCUUGAUCAGAGAGAAAAGACUCCAGUGAUUAUUCCUGGCAAACAUCAGGUUGCAACCUUACUCAUCAAGCAUCACCACGAACAAAUUUAUCACCAAGGCCGUCUGUUUACAGAAGGGGCUAUCCGUAAAGCUGGCUUUUGGAUAGUUGGUGGCAAAAGAAAAGUGAGCAACAUCAUCCACCAGUGUAUUACCUGCAGAAGGCUUAGAGCCCCACUUACAAUUCAAAAGAUGGCCAGUCUCCAGCGGAUCGUCUUUCGACAGAACCUCCCUUUACGAAUGUCGGGCUUGAUGUGUUCGGCCCUUGGAGUGUUUCUUCACGUAGAACAAGAGGGGGCCAUUCACACAGCAAACGAUGGGCCGUAAUCUUCACGUGUAUGAGCAUACGAGCGGUCCAUAUUGAAUGUCCCUUUUGCUCCUACUGGAGAGUUUGGAGUUUCAGACCUCUACAAGCGCCAGUGGCGACAGGUCCAGCACCUGUCCAACACCUUUUAGGACAGAUGGCGAAAGCAAUUCCUCCCAACACUACAGGCGCGCAAGAAGUGGCAGUCCACUCAUCCGAACAUCAACCCAGGAAGUGUUGUUCUCCUCAAGGAUAGCCAAGUACCAAGAAAUGAAUGGCCUCUUGGACUGGUAACACAGACCUUCCCCAGCGAAGACGGGAAGGUGCGGAAGGUCGAGAUUAAGGUCACAGUGACUAAACUCUUUCUGUUUCUGAGAUAGUGCUUCUUCUCCUCCCAGAGGCUCAGUGAAGUGAACUGUUUAGGAUUUAUUGAGUGGCGUGUAAUCACGACAGACGGGGAGUGUUUUGUUACAAUGGUUAAAUUAUAAUGUUAUACGUUUUAUUUUGAAACAUACGUUUUAUUUUGAAACAGGAAAUUUCCUUUAACAUGUCAGGUGACUUAUGAUCAGGAAGUGAAGGAAGAGCAUGGCUCAGAGCCGCUGUUUUCAGUAGUUUUCCAAUCCAGUUGAGUCUGUCUGCAUCUUAUGCCUUUAGACAGCAUUGUUGGUAUGUAUUGAUUUGUUUUAUUGUCACUUAUGAUCGCAGAUGAUUAUUUUUGUGACAAUGUUUAGUUUGGGAAGUUUUAUGCACAAAGUCCAUCGAGUCAUUAUAGUUAAUGACUUCUCCGCUAUGACAGAAUAAAUAGUCGAUGAUAUGUUAAAAUACAGUGGUUUACAGGAACAUAGGUAAGUAAAUCAGCAGUAAAUUCAUAAAAAGUAGCGGUUAAACAAAGCAAUUAAUUUCAUUGAAGAAUCAGUAUAUUUACAUUGUGUGUAUGUGUAAGGUUAAAAGAAAGCAUUUUGUUUAUAUUCAUUAUGCCUUUUGUGUGUUUUAGUUUUACUCUUUCUUACGUCAAUAAACCUGUGGACAACGGACAA